AUGGCCUGGGACGCGCUGAAGAAAUCGAUAAAUGGGUUGGUGAAUAAGGUGAACGCGUCGAACGUGGCGAACGUGGUGCCGGAGCUGUUUCGGGAGAAUUUGAUUCGCGGACGCGGGUUGUUCGCGAGGAGCGUGCUCAAGUCGCAGAUGGCGUCGCCGCAAUUCUCUGGGGUCUUCGCCGCGCUCGUGGCGGUGGUGAACACGAAAUUUCCGGAGAUUGGAGAGUUGGUGAUCAAGCGAAGCGUGUUGCAGUUUAGAAGGGCGUAUAAGAGGAACGAUAAGCCGGUGUGCGUCGCGGCGACGAGGUUUUUGGCGGCGCUCAUCAAUCAGCAGCUCAUUCACGAAUUACUCGCUCUGGAGCUGCUCACCGUGCUCCUGGAGACGCCGACAGAUGACAGCGUAGAGGUGGCGAUUGAGUUCGUCAAGGAGUGCGGUUUCACUCUUCAAGAGCUCACGCCGCAGGGUUUGCACGGAAUAUUUGAGCGAUUCAGAGGGAUUCUCCACGAAGGAGAGAUCGAUAAGCGCGUGCAGUUUAUGAUUGAGGGGCUUUUUGCGUUUCGAAAGAGUGGUUUCGAGGGAAAGAGAGGCGUCCCGCCCGAGCUCGAUUUAGUCGAAGAGGACGACCAACUAGUUCAUGAGAUUGGUUUGGACGACGAGAUGCAGGCGCAGGCUGGUUUGGACGUCUUCAAACAAGAUCCAGAGUUCGAGGAGAACGAACGUAAGUACGCCGAUAUUCGUCGAGAGAUCCUGGGGGAGUCGAGCGAGAGCGAGAGCGAGAGCGAGAGCGACGGCUCAUCCAGUCGUUCGUCGAGCUCAAGCUCGAGCGAGGGUGCCAAGGCGGAUCCGGCGAACCGCGGACCGGGAGAGAUGGAGAUCGCCGAUCUCACCGAGACCAACUUAGUAAAUCUUAGAAGAACGAUCUACCUGACAAUCAUGUCAUCUUUGGACUUUGAGGAGGCUGGUCACAAGUUGAUGAAGUUGAACAUUCCUCCGGGUGCCGAGGUGGAGCUGUGCACGAUGCUCGUCGAGUGCGCGUCGCAGGAGCGCACGUACCUGCGGUACUAUGGCUUGUUGGCGCAGCGAUUCUGUUUCAUCAACAAAAUAUACCCCCGACUCUUCGACGAGGUGUUUAUGAAGCAGUACAGCACGAUUCAUCGAUUGGAGACGAAUAAGCUCCGAAACGUUGCCAAGUUUUUCGCCCACUUGCUCUCGACGGAUGCGAUGUCGUGGACGUGCCUGGCGUACAUAUCCCUCACCGAAGAAGCGACGACUUCGAGCUCGAGAAUUUUCAUCAAGAUUCUCUUCCAGGAGCUCGCGGAGGCCAUGGGAUUGAAAUCGCUCAACGAGCGGCUGCAGGAUCCGGAGAUGCGCGAGUACUUUCAAGGUAUCAUGCCAAAAGACGAGCCGAGGAACACGCGCUUCAGCAUCAACUUCUUCACCUCCAUCUCCCUCGGCGCUCUUACGGAGGAUAUGCGCGAGUGGUUGAAAACCGCACCUAAGACGGCACCGAAGAGAUCGACCUCGAGCAGCAGCAGUUCGAGCAGCAGUUCGUCCUCGGGCUCGGGAUCCUCGAGCUAUUCGAGCUCGUCGUCGAGUUAUUCACGCUCAUCCAGUCGAUCCCGAGGUCGAGGUCGUCGACGCCGCCGAUCACCAUCGCCGAGCUCGUCAUCGUACACGUCAUCGUCAUCGUCGUCAUCUCGCUCGCGAGACGACCGUAGAAAACGUUCGCGUCGAUGA